UUUAUAAAACGAUUGUGCUACUUGUAUAUCGAGUUGAGGGUACUUUUGCUGCAUAUACUGCCACGAAUAUAAUUUUUGUUUAUUAAUCAUUCCACUAAAUUAUAAUUAAAUUAUAUAUUUUGAUAUCUUAUAAUUUAUAUUCAUUAUAACUUAAUGUGUAUAAAUAAUGAAAUAUUGUAUAAUUCAGCUAUGGCAUUUGAACAGUCACGCCGAAAUCGAUAACGAUCAAUUAUAAUUUUUUUAAUUAUUAUAACUUGUCAUAAAAAAAACAAAAAUGGCAAAUAGAAAAUCUUCGACUAAUUCAAAAAAUACAGAUGAUCAUAGCGUUGAGACGCUGGCAGAGGUGUUCCGAUGUUUUAUUUGUAUGGAAAAGUUACGAGAUGCACAUCUUUGUCCUCAUUGUAGUAAAUUAUGCUGUUAUACAUGUAUAAGACGAUGGCUAACUGAACAACGUUCACAGUGUCCUCAUUGUCGAGCCUCUCUUCAUUUACAUGAACUUGUGAAUUGUCGAUGGGUUGAAGAAGUUACCCAACAGCUUGAUACAUUGCAAGCUGUUGCUAUAUCUAAUUCACGUUAUGAUGAUUCUAAUCGGGAUAGAUGUACAAUACAUCAAGAAAAAUUAUCUGUUUUCUGUUGGACAUGUCGUCGUUGUAUCUGUCACCAAUGUGCAUUAUGGGGUGGAACGCACUCAGGACAUACAUUCAAACCCUUAGAAGAAGUUUAUGAACAACAUGUAAAUCAAUUAAAACUAGAAAUAAGGCAAUUGAAACGAAGACUCGUCCAAUUAAUCAGCCUUGUUCAAGAAGUAGAAAGAAAUGUUGAAUCAGUGAGGGCUGCAAAGGAUGAAAGAGUAAGAGAAAUUAGAAAUGCAGUAGAACUAAUGACUGUCCGUUUGGAUUCCCAAUUAAAAGCAAAAUUGUUAACUCUAAUGGGUCAAAAGAAUUCUUUAACUUUGGAAACAGAACAGUUGGAAAUACUAUUACAAGAAGUAGAACAUCAGUUGCAUACUUAUACUCGAUCAGAACUUAUAGCCAAAAGUGUUGACUUGUCUAGAAUGAUUUAUCAAGUUUGGAAAAAACCGAUAACAAAUUUUGUUACUACUCCUGUUCCUGCUGAUUUUCACAGUGAAAUAGUACCAGGAUAUGAUAGUGCCACAUUUGCGAUGCAAAAUUUUACACAAUUGCAAUUGAAAGCAGACCCAGUGUAUUCCGCACCGUUGCAUGUUAAUGGUUUAUGUUGGAGGCUGAAAGUAUAUCCUGAUGGCAAUGGAGUCGUACGUGGAAACUAUUUAUCUGUAUUUUUAGAACUUACUGCAGGGCUACCUGAAACAUCAAAAUAUGAAUAUAGAGUUGAAAUGAUACAUCAAGGCUUGCUUGAUACAAGUAAAAAUAUUGUUAGAGAAUUUGCUUCGGAUUUUGAAAUUGGCGAAUGCUGGGGCUAUAACAGAUUUUUCAGAUUAGAUUUACUGGCAACGGAAGGUUAUUUAAGCACAGAAUUGGAUACACUUAUAUUACGAUUUCAGGUUAGACCACCGACUUUUUAUCAACGAUGUAGAGAUCAGCAAUGGUAUAUCAGUCAAUUAGUAACUGUUCAAAAUCAAUACAAGACUCAAAUCAAUGAAUUGAAAGAGAGACUAGCAAUUGAGAUUUCACGUAAUACAGUAACAGCAACUAGAGCAAAUAAUGGAAUUACAACACCUACAUCAACUGCAAAUAUAUUACCUUCAAUUCAACAAAAACAGCCGCAAGGUUUAGGAGAUUCUAAUUUGAAUUGUAAUUCUGGUUUAACCAUUGAUACUUAUUCAACCGGAAAUACUAUAUCACAGUCUAUUCCUAAUACUUCUCCCAAUGCCGUUAUUAAUGAAACAAUGCCAGAAGAUCAAUUAAUAUCUUUGACUGAAUUAGGAGAUUUAAAAAAUAUUCAUCCUCCUGUAUCAUCUUCCACGUUGUCUUCAGUAUAUUCAAAAUCAAAUGCAAAACAAAAUUGCUCCAGUAAUAUUAACAUUAUUGAAAAUGAAUCACGCAUACCACAUACUGCCAACGAUGUAUCAGUAGGUGAUAUUCAACCUACAGAAAUAAAUUCCUCAUUGCCAUCUUAUUCUUCUCCAACAACUCUAAAUCAACAACCAUUAAAUAUUUCAUCAAGCAGUAGUAGUAGCGAUAGUGGAGAAUUAAGUGAGCAUGAUAUAUAUAUAGCUGAAUGUGAGAAUACUGAACGCACGCAAACAUUAUUGGACGAUAAUUCUAAUGAUGAAAAUGAUGUAGACGAUGAAACUAUGUCAGGUGAAAAUGAUAUAGAAGCUGCAGAAUCAUUAGCACCAUGGAUGCAAAAUAAACAAAGAAUAAGGGAACAAAGUAGUAGAGAUGCAAUUGCAGAAACAUACAGUGAACUAAGAAGCAAUGAAAGUUUAGAAGACGAAAUAAUGCUACUUCAUCUAUUCGAUUAUCAAGAUCGAAUAACUGGCUGGACUUCUUUAUCUUUUAAUAAACGUACAUCUGAUACGUCAGACUCUAGAAGCUCUAUAAGCAGUAUUAAAUUACAAAAUUCAAGUCCUUUGCACCAUAGUGCUGUAUUGCCCACACAUCCAUCAGGAUACUCACACAAACAUCGCGAACUCGAAUCAUGUAGUGAACAAACAUUCCCUGAUAAACAUUCGAAUUACGUAAUGCACUCACCUCAAAAAGUUUGCAAUAGUAAGAUUAAACUUGAUCAAGUUUCAAAUAGUUAUCAACAGAGAAUUUUUGGUAUGCCAGUUUGUGGAAAUUAUGUAACUCGAUCGGAACCUGCAACACGUUCAAACUCUUUAGAUUGUGAAAAGGAUCUUUCCAAAAUGUCUAUUUUUAAUAAAUUUAAUUAUGAAAUGGAAACGGUUAGACCAACAGAUUUGAUAGCGCCAAAUGUAAUCUUGGAUAGUAACAAAGUUGUAUCAAAGCAUUUGCUGUCUCGUCGACAAUCUUCGCCAGCUUCUCCUGCAAAUAGUUCACCGAAUAAUGAAAGUAAUAAAACGUUCAAUUUCGAACGACUGAUUGAGUCUAUUCCAUUAUCUCCAAUAUCAAAUUCUACUAAAUUAAGGAAAAGUAAUUCACAAGAAGGAAAAGAUAACAAUUGUACAAGUAUGAAAAUUCCUGCACUAUCAUCAGUUCAUGAAAAUCUCUUGUUACCUAUUAAUAAUGCAGUAGGAACAGACACUAUAUCAAACCAUAAUAAUUAUAGUUGGGCUCCUGCAUUAUAUCCUCAUAAACAUGUUCAACAAAAUGUUACAGACACUAUUGUACAAGGUACAUCAACUGAAAAAUUGGAGAAAAGUAAUCGUGAUAACACCACUAUGCAGUAAUCCUGGCAAGAAAUUCUUUUAUCUUAAUAUCAGACCUUUUAUUUUGUUGGCCAAAUUGUUAAAUAAGAUUGUGAUGUCAUGUUGUGAUUGUGAUUAAUCAGUAAUUAUUACAUUCUUUGUACACAUUUUAUCUAUUGUUUAUAAUAUAAUCAUAGCUGUU